CAAUCGUAAUUUAGUCAAUGAACAAUCAUGGUGGUGGAAAAGAUGUUUUGAAAAUUUGUGCAUUGUUUUCCAGUUAAACGUGUGUUAUUGCCUUUAUAAUAUUUGUGUAGAAUAAUGAUAUGAUAAUGUAUCGGACUGAAAAGAAAAAGCUAAGAUUUUUUUAAGUUGUGUAUAUUUAAUGGCUUAUAUUUGGAUUUGUUUAUUCUGACAAUAAAGAGAAACCUGAGAAAGUAUUAGAAGGAGCAAUAAUUUAAAACAAUUAAGAUGUUGUAUGUGUUUCAUGUAGAUGCAGGUCAAAUGACCACAUAUGAUAUGAAUCUUACUUUGCAAAGUGUUUCAAGUUUAAAAGCUGCAAUAGAAAGAAAAACAAAGAUACCAUCUGCAUCUCUUGUGUUACUUGUAAGUGGAGGUGAGGUUUUGCAGUCAGAUCAUAUGGUGUCCUCGUAUAGUGCUGGAACCGACACUAAUCCUAUCUACAUGUUUAGUAAGCCUUCAGUCAAGGAAACUCAUUUAAGACAGUCAAUGUGUGGCGAUCUCAGUCCUAUUGUAGAAUUAAGUACUGGAGAAUUCCGUAGCGACAUUCGUAGCACCUUCGAUGGAAAGUCUUUAGCUGAGUUAAAAAGUGCAGUGGAAGUGUGCUGUGGGUUACAACCUAAUGUCCACACAGUUAAUUCAUGUGCCGCACUAGCAGAACAGUUCAGUGAUCUUGCGCAUGAGGUUUCACGGAACUGUGAUCAGCUUGUUCAUGAACAGCAUUUACAGCAUCAGGGUUGGGCGGCAGUUGUUGCAAAUUUAGAAGAUAUAUUCAAUGAAUUCUGUGAGAGAUCCCGAAGUUUUAAGGAAUCAUUUAAGAAGCAUCGACUAAAAAAGGAGGAGUAUCAUGAAAUGUUGAAUAGUCUUAAUGAAGUUUUAGAAUCGCUGGGCAAGAUUCCAAUAUUGUCACCACUUCAGCUGCAUGCGGAGGCACACCGGUUUUCGGCGUUCGAUGUAUUCGAGGAGACCGAGUAUGAGGGCUACCAUUAUAGCAGCAACCUUGACAGCAGCUCGGAGACCAAGGGAAUGCAGGAUUUCGGUGUUGGUGUCUUCAAGCUGUCGGAUGAGGAUGUAUUUGAGCAAAAGAACGUGUCAAGUAAUGACGAGGGUUCAACGGAAGGUCAGGUGAUUGAAGAGCCAGAGGAAGUGGUGACGUUCAAGGCUCCUUCGAUAGAGAGUAAAGAGGAGCCCACGUUGUUGCACUGGAUACUCGCGCAAGGGAAUAAGGCCUCCUUGCAGGAUAUACUGGACUACUGUCAGAAAGCACUUGCCUUGAUCGACGCAGAACCGCUUAAAGUACGCGAGGCAGAGUUGUAUCAGAUAUUGGAGUAUGCCAACAUGCACGGCUUGAAACAGAUCAAGGGUAUCGAGGAUAGGCUGUACGGGCUCGACCAGCUGCUGAGCGACGUGAAGAAACUGGAGCGGGACCAGCACGACCAGGCUGCUUCUAUCAUUCAGUGUCGGGAGCGAUUGAGCAGUGUGGCCAACGAUCCGUCAGUGUUGCCGACCUUGGUACAGUCGCAUUGCAGGCAGCUGGAGAAACUGCUGGUCGGCCAUCAGAAACUUAUUGAUAUCAUUCGACGUAUUGCGAAGUCCAAAGAGGAGAUGUCGCAAGUACUAAAGGCGCGGUUAGAGGCUGUGCUCAGGAUCGAGAACUCCAUGUCGGUGCAGGACGCGCACGCCAUGCUCACGUUCCAGUGCUUCAACCGGCUGGCGCGCUACUUCGGCAUCGUGUCGCAGCUGCACUGCGCGCCCGCCGUCUUCGUGCGCGCCGUGCACGAGGUGGCCCGGCGCAGGACCUUCUCCGAUGCUCAUCUUCAGUGGGCGACAGAUUUAGCCGGGAAACUCUUAAAAAUUCACGACGAGGAAGUGAAUCGUAGACAGGAUUUCAACGCGUUGUUCGAAGGUCACUUCCUGAGGAGCUUGUUCCCCGGUAUGACUGAUUUGCCCCCGACGUUCGCGACACAAGCCCCGCCUGCCUUCGACAUCAAGUUGCCGAAACUGUCCGACGACGAUAUAAAAGUCAUGUCAAACUCCUUCUCCGAUCUCGUUUCACAUAUACCGACCUACGAUAUGGAUGCUGUUGUCAAAUUCUUCGAACAAAGGCUACAAACAUACAACGAAGAAAAGGAUGCAGAUGUUGAAGCAAAUAAAGAUAUUGAAUCGCAGAUGGAAACGAACUUCGAUAACUUGAGCAAACAGUGCGGCACCAUACCAAAAGUAGACACGUGGACAACAUGCGCGCCGGAGACAAUGGCCGUGUCUACUGUUACCGAGGUACUGACGGUUAAGAGUGGCAACGGCAGGGAAGAGUUUGAAAAUUACGAGUUUUAUAUCGAGGAGUCACUACCUACAAGCCUGGAACUGGGCCGGGAAAUAAGACAGGACAAUAUGGAUACGCAUAAGAUAAACAUCGAAAAGUUGCAGGACUUCUUCAAAAAAAUAUGUAAUUUAUGUAAAAUAAAUGUUGUUUUAAUAAAAGAGGAACUGAAAAAUUUAAAACAUGAUAUAGAUGAACAGAAAAGGUAUUUAGGUGUAAAGUUUAUAGAAAUUGCGGAUAUUUGGAGGAAAAACAACGAAGAAACUGAAGUAAGGUUUCGUGAACACACACAGAGAUUGACUGUCGAUCACGAAUUAGAGUUGAGUGAUAUGAAAGCGGCCUUAUCAGAAAAAGACGAAAUUAUUAAUAUGUUAAAGAAAGAAAAGGAGACCAUGAAACUGCAACAUCAGAAAGAUAUAGAAAGACUGAGUAGUGAACAUGAUGCAACGAAGGUUUUACUAGAAAGAAGUAGGGACGAAUUGAAUGAUUUCCAGAAGAAAUUAGAUGAUUUUGAAACUCAGAAAGUAAAAGAUAUUAAAGACAUGCAAGAGAAGAUGCAUCUAGAAUAUAAGGCAGAAAUAGAAUCGUUACGAUCAAGAUUCCGCCUCGUAGCGUUAACAAACAACAUGGAUCGUUCUCCGUCCGAGUCAAGUCUGGAGAAGAUCGAACGUACUGACAUGAUAGAGAUAAGUCACCACAACUCCAUCGUGAUGCAGACCAAGGAGAACGCCGAGGUGGAGAAGGAGCAGGCGGUCAGACAGAGCCUGGAGAAGUGUACGGCGGAGUGGGAGCAGAAGUUGAGUGCGGAGAUAACGCUCAUCAAAGCCAAGUAUGAGGCUGAGAAACAGGUGACAAUAAACGAUGUGACGCGACGCCUGCUGUCCGAGAAAGACCGACAACUGGAGCUGCUACGAGAGCGUGAGCAAAUGCUGUCUAAGGAGUGUACCAAGUACCGUGACACCAUCCAGCAGUUGACAGACCCUGAGACCAACGACUAUGACACACUGCUCAAGACACAGCUCGCGACAUUGGAAAAUGAGAAGGCAUCAUUACAACAGCAGAUAGCAGACCUUAAGAAAGAGUUAGAGAAAAGAGAAGAAGUUGACAAGAGCAGAGAAGACGAUAGCGACGGAAGAUCGUCGCCAAGGCGCGAAGAUGGGAAACGAUCCCGCACCCAGUGCCACACGCCGGUGGGUCUGUCUGCGGGCGCACUCAGUCUGUCCUCGUGCCUGCCCGGACACACCGUGCUGCUCCUGUGGGACCCCUCGCAUCUCAAUUACACCGUACUCCAGGAAGCAUCUAUAAUGUACUUCGUGCAUAGCGACUGCCUCUCGGCUCUAGAUCUCAGUAUCGAAGUGAAAAACGAGAGUGAGAGGCGACUCUACGCGAUCGCGACGGUCGAGGCGAAGGAGUAUUGUUACGCAAAAAAGAGUGGCAAUCGUUAUCAGAUGCCGCGUGGUUCACGCUUUUACCGCGUGAGGGUGAAGCCGUGCAAACAACAUUUACCGCACGCCACGUGCUGCGAAAAUAGACACAAACAAGAGAUCAUGAAGAGCGGCGUGCUUCCCCUGAUCGGAGAACCGCGCCUGCUCAAGAAGUGGUUGACGUACAUGCAUGCCCCAGACUCAAAGUCGGUAGACACGAGCCAGUCUACGAGUUCGGCAACGGACGAAGCAAACAGAGUGGAAGUUGCGACCGCAACUCUCAUCAAUCUCGAGUCUCCAGUGUCUACCAGUGACACCGUACGGGACACUUCUGUCCCCGCGGUCCCCUCUGUGCUCUGUGUCCCCGCAGUGUCCGCAGACCCGGCCACCGUCUCGCCUGUCCCUCCCCAGUCAGACCUCGACCAGCCAGACUCCAUCGAGGCGAGUGAUCAGUGGCAGAGUACAAGAAUGAUGGCCAGUACCGCUAGCAACAUCACGGACAUGGAAUGCAGUGUGGGCAGGUGUCUGGGGCCCGAGCCACUGGAGAUGGCCGAGGAGGCGACCCCCUGACGUCCGAGCUCGCUGCGACUGCGGCACACUAACACACCCGCCAUGCAAUGAUGCACGUGUGUGUGGACUUUGUUACAUCUCCUCCAACUUACCCUAUACCCGUGUGGUAAUUACCACCCAUUCAACAUACGAGAGUCGGUUUCGUACUGGAAGCGAUCAAUGGACACCAUUUGUUCUACGUCACAACUUGUUAUGUAAGUUGAGCGUGCACUUGCUUGCAGACUUAUGAAUAAUUAACUGUACUGUAACUUAUGGCUGUGCUUGCAAUAUAAAUACGGACUUUUGGGAGAACAGCGUUAGUUCUUCACGAGAACUCGAAGUUGGUUUAAAUUUGCUGCUAACGACUGACUUUGAUUUGAGGUUAUAAUAUUAUAGUAAUGUGAACAUUGUGUGAUACAUGCAUGAGCAUUUUUUAUGUUAAGAUAAUGAAAGUGAAUGUAGUUUAUAUGAUAUAAACAUCGACUACAUAUUAUUAUAAAAUUCGGGUAUUUGUUAUCUACAAAGGAAUGCUGAAAUGCAAACAAUAAUCGUUCUAAUUAUAUAAGAAAACAAUAUGGCCGACUUAGGUUUUUAUAAUUGUUGCGUAUGGCGUAGUAUUAUUGAUGCGAGAAUUGUUACGGUUUUUUACAAAGUUGUUCGUUAUUAAUGGUUUAUUAAAAUCGAAAAGUCGUGUUAAUCUGCAAUAGGAUGUUAAAGUAUCGUGUACGGUUGAGAUUGGUGUUUUCGGCGAAAUUAUUGUGCAGUAAAUAUCUUAAUUGUAUACAUUUAUUACUGUGAUUAAAAAGAUUGGGGAAUUAUCUAAUCAAUAAUUUGUGUGGUGGAGGUAGAUAGUGGAUUAAAUAUAAGGCUUUUAAUAAAUAGUAAUGAUCUGCCGAGCGUGUGUUACCGGCCUUAUUUUUCGACACAAAGACGACGUAUGACUUAAGUUAGCUUUAAAACUCAGUAAUAUACAUGUGUGAUUGUUUUAAGGACUCGGUUUGAUAUUAGCUUAUGGACUUGCAUUGCGGUUGCCAAGCUGUUUUUACAAAAUAAUCACGCGGCGUUCUUUGCUCUUUCUGUCAAAAUAGAUUGAAAGUGUUUCAAAUAAUGACAGCCAUAAGUAAAAAAUCGUAUAUAAAUGACACGUAUAGUCAAAUAAUUAUCGAAGUAAUGGUCUAUUUAUAACAAAUAGCCGUAUUUUUCAAUGUUAGAUUGUAUCACGAAUAUAUUCCACCUAUUUAGUCUUCCAUGGAUUAUAGAAUAGAGUGCAUGGAAUAUUGCUUAAUUAAGCUACUGGUCCACUGGUUAUAAUUCAUUUUAUUUUCACAUUUCACUCAGUUGAUGUUCGAACACAAUCGCGAACUUUAAUAUAAUAUCACUAUACGAUACUAACCAAGCUAUAUUCAUAAUGUCUCAAUUACUACUUUUAUGUAUAUCUAAGAAAAUUAAUUUACAAUUAUCUACAAAUGAAUCACAUUGAAACACGUUUUCUGUAUAGUACAAAUUAUGUUUUAGUAGUUUUGUUCAAUUUAGUAAUACCGGCAAAUGAGUGAAGAUAAAAAAUUUAUAUUUGAUGCAGUUCUCUGAUUGAUAAUGGACUACUGUCUGUUUCUAGUGUCGCGAAGGGGUGAUCUCUUACCAUCAGGCGAGCAUAGGCUCGCAAGUAAAGACUUGUCCAUCAAUGAUUGAUAUUGAAAAUACUAUUGUCUAGACGACAUUAGUCGAUACGCCUUUAAAUAAAUUCUUGUAUGGCCUUCUCCACAUAAUGCGGUAAAAGGUUACUAUGACAAUCACAAUAUGAAAUGACUUCCUAAACGAUUGUAGGUUUAGUCCUCUUGAAUUUCUUUUGCCAGUUCUUCUUAGGUCUGUGCAUAUCUUUUCGAAUGAAUGAUAGAAUUUAUCGUUCAAUAAUUGGUUUAAAAAUCCUAUAAAGAUAUUUGUGUAUUUUUUCAGUUUCAAAAAAGUAUCUCUUCUCUUUCACUCCUUUCGGACACACCCUCUUUCUAUUUCAUUAGUUAUUUUUCUCUCUCCGUCAUAAGGAAAUUAUUAUUUGAUUAAGACCUCUUGUCUUCUUUUAUCUUCUCUCGUUGGCCGAACUUCAUCUAAUUGUAUCACUAAUAUAUUAUUUUUUGUGUUGUGUUUAUUUUAGUUCUUUAGAAAUAUUAAUACAACUGAUAUGUAAUAUAAUUUAUAAUUUUAAGUUUUUGUUGUAACACAUUCUAUGUGAUAUUUUCUUUUGUAUAAUGGCACAAAUUGUUUAAAUAUUCUCGUAGUAUUAAACUUGUUUUGUUGUUUAUAAAGUGUCUGUUUCAUAUUAGAUUAUAAAACUUUACUGUACUUGUAAAUGUGUACCAGUUUGUUUACAAUCAAGUCAAGUUUUAAAAUCCAUUCUAAAAUCAAAAGGUAUAUGGAAAUUGUGUUGUUUAGUUGGAAAAAAUUUCCACAUUUCACAGUACAUUUGAAAAGCUGAGUACAUUACGUAGGGUAAAGACUAUGUUAAUUUGUGUCUAACAUUAAUUAGACUAGUGCACAUUCUCCUUUAGAUUUUUCUCCUAUAUGUCUAUAUUCUUACUGUUAAGUAAUAGUUGACCUUAUCGUACACAUAAUAGAGUCUAGAGUUCAGCAAAUGAAACGCUUAUAAUCGAUCUCGUUCGCGAAUUAAAGUUGUAUCUUCUCGAUAGUUCUGUCGUUCUAGUUGUAGUUUAUUUGAAAUUAUAACCAUUUCAAGUACAUUAAUACGUUUAAUAGUCUUAUAUACGUGCUGGGACCUUAUCACUUCUCGUCACAUAUAAUUAUUAGCCGCGCACAAAUAGAAUGGGAUUGCAUUCAGGGUUGAGAUACGACAUCAGAAGUGGGAUACACUGAUUUUUCUAAUCGUAUGAAAUGUCAAAUUUGAAUGAAAUUUCACUCUUUUUUUAAAUAAUGAUAUAAGAUUUGAGGUCAGCGAAAGAGGAAUAAAUAUUUAUGUUUCGGAUUUUUUUAUUGAGUGUUGUCUUUUGUUAUUUUUUAAUUCUCAGUCGGUCAGUUGCACAAAGUCCCAUUAUGUUUAUGCGCGGACUAGUUUGCAAUAGUCGUAGCAGUAACAACAAAAGUCAAUAAGUACAUCGAUUUUAAACAUAGAUCUUAUAUUAGAACUCGUUGAUAAUCCGCGAAUAUUAGAGUAAUAACUUUGCUUCUUUAAUAUUUGUGUCAUUGUUUCAUGACAUUCUUACUCUUAAGCAUUUCCCUGUACGAAUAUUAAUAGAAACGUUAACAGCACGUAUACCUUUCUUCGCUCACACAGUUUUUUGCGUCCGUUAUAUUUUCUAAGAUAACUUCGAAGAUUUUCUGAUGGUUUGAAUCUUGAUAUGAGUUGAGUCUUGGAUCAUUUAUACGUCUAGAUACUCUAUGACAGCGUAUGAAAACGUUGAAAAUAAUGAGUUUAGAGUUAAGCUCUAUUUUGUGCAAUUCACGCACACUAACACAAAGUGUCAUUCAAAUCGCGAGUGUAAGACUCCAGUAAUAUUCCUGGCCUGUUUUUAUCGGUUGUCUAGCACCAAGAGACUAUGUAGACGUACAAAUUAUCUAAGAGUUGAGUGUAAACCAUAUUCCAAUAAGACCUUGUUGUAUACUUCUCGAGCCCGACAAUCCCCACUAGUAAAUAGGAUGGAUAUAUUAAUGUUUUUGAAACUUAAAUACUCCUUAGUGUUUGUAACACAGGAUGUAGUUACUUACCAAUGCGAAUUAUUAACAGCAUGAAUAUUCAAGUAGUCCUCAAUUAAUUACUUUUACAAACCAUUUUGGAACUGCGCCAAGCCGCAAAGAAAACUUUAUAUGUGAAAGCAAAUAGUUUUAGCUUAUAAACAGUCAUAAUUGAGAUAUCUAUAAUAAACUGUGGGAUAUUUUGUAAUAAAUCAUAUCUGUACGUGAACAUUGAAGUGAACAAAGCACUGCACGAUUUUUCUACCUGUGACGUCAUAAGACCGUUCGAAACUAUGCGUUUUGAAUGUAUCGAUAGUUUACUUCCAUUGCGCGUUUUGAUUAACAAUAAAUAUUAAAAAUGAAACAGGCAAUGUAUUGCGAAUUAUGCUGAAAGUACUGUGGAGAAAUAAUUUACCACGGAAAGCUCAAGUCAACGUAAAACAUGUUUUAUUAUUAAUAUUUGGAGUUUUAAUUCCUAGUGCGCCUGAUCUAUUUUCAAUACAGCCUUUGAUAGGGGCUUAAGCUAAAUAAGAUGUCAACAAUAAGUUAAGCAAAAGUUUAAUUCUUAUCAAGACUAUGACGUCACCUUUGUGUCAUGAAUUAACAAUAUGAUCACGUGCUUAACAGCGGACAUUUGCCCUGUUUUUCGCGGACCGUAUUUAAUGAUCAAUUUCAUUAAAUACGUUACGUUUCGUUCCGUUAAAAUCGGCUCGCGUCGACCAUUCCGGAAUUAUUUAAAAUAGUCAUAUGCAGGUCUAUAAUUUUUUUUGUUUCCUUUUUAUUGUUUUCUUUAAUUAAAUGCCUGAUUUUCUACUCUUUCUCUUUAUAUUCGACAAAAUCUUUUAUCACUUAGUAAUUUAUCAAUGGUUAAGUCCUUGGUCACUUCAAUGGACACCGAAGACAACAAUAAUUGUUAUAUAUAUUAUGUACCUACAGCAUCAUUAAAUAUUGAAAUAUGCUGGUGGCCUUAUGAUGUAAUCACUACGAGUCGUUUAUGUGUUUCGCUAGGUAUUAAUAAUGAAAUCGUGAUUAAUUCGAAAUAGGUGAGAGGCAUAUGUUUUCUGUGAUAGUGCGUUUCUCGUCACCGUUUUUGAAAUACGUGCAGUAAGUACAGUGUUGAAGUUGAAUAAGUUAUAACCUAAUAGGAGUUUCUUGGACGUGCCCCAGUACACCUUACCCCUAUUGGGAAGUUAAGUUUGGUUUUAUUAUUUACUAAUCGUUCCCGCCCGCUUCGCUGCGCGAAUUUUAAAAGGAUAUAUAUUAAUGAAGGAACGUUUGAAUUCGUAGCCAUAAACCAUCUAGGAUAAAUUUCGCAUCGAAUGGUGGUAAUUUCAUGUCGAUACGAUCAGUGGUUAUGGCGUGAUUGAAAGACCAUUUUCAUAUAUAUAUAUCUAUAUAUUUUCAUAUAUAUAUAUAUAUAUUUAUAUAUAUAUAGAUAUAGAUACAAGAAGUGCGAUAUCACCAAUUAAAAUAAAUUUAUUUUAUUUAUCACACACAAUUGUAUAAAAUUUUGUAAUGCUGUGUCCAGACUGAUCAAAUGUAACAAGAAAUGUAACAUGAAAGGGAGUUCCUUAUUUAGUAUUGUCGGUUUGGAUGGAGUGCUUACACGAGCCGAAUACUGGUGCGGGUGGGGCGCUCAUUUGUGUAUGUUUGAUAAAACGACAUAUCACAGAUAGCUCCGCAGUGAACUGCUUUCGCAUUAAAUACACACUUAUACGUUUUAGAGGAAACUAGUACAAAAUAUUAAUCCAGAUUCAUUUAUUAAAAUCUGGUAAAUUACAUGUGGAAGGUAAAGUGAUAUAAUAUUUAAUAACAAGUCUCCGAUAAUUUUGGCAUAUUAGCUCAAAACACCGGGCAGUUCGUCUAACCAACAAAAUAUGAAAAUCAAUGGUUGUGACAUAAUUUAACUCCGUUCAAGUGACUCUGACGUAGGUAAGAAGCGUACUUACCAAUUAUAUGCAGUACAUAAUUUAUGGACCGUCUGUGCGUUCCAUUUAUUAUUUAGACAGGUAAAUUAUCUUAUUGGUUCAGUUCAUUGGUUUAUUGGUUCUAAUCCAUACAAAAUUUUUGAUGAUCAUUAUCGUUACUGUGAAUGAUACUUAGAUAGUUAUAUGUCUCGAUAGACUGUGACAGUUGUGAAUACAUCGAAAACAAUAGCGGCUAACUCUUAUAUCUCUAUUUUCAGCAACUCACGCACACUAAAACAAAGUGGUGUACGUAUUGCUAGUGUAAGACGUAACUUGUCAUGCACACUAAAUUAAUAAACCUAGCCUGUUUUCAUGCAUUGCCGACCAGCUAGAAGCUCUAUCUAGACGUAUAAAUUAUCUUAGAUAAUUAUAUAUUUAUCGCAACUUUAAUAAGUUGCGAUAAAAAUGGGGUGGGAUGUGUAUGAGGGCGAGAAUUAAAAUAGUAUCAACUUUAAAGCCUUAACUGUGCAAUAAAAUUAGGUGAUAUCGCUUUGUGAUUUGUUAAAUAUGUUCAUUAUAAGGGGCUAACGAUACUAUAUUUAAUUUGUAUCAUAGGGUAUCUGUAUUCAAGAAGCUCUCGUUGAAAAUAAUAAUUGUUUAAAGUGACUCAUUACCGAUUAGCUUUGGGUAUGUUCGCGCUGGACGCAGCUACGAUACAAUAAUAUCAUACAUUAAACUCUAGUACUAGGAGUAUUUUAUGUCAUUGUUUCAAUUCAAUUAUUGCGGAGUUCAAGGUACAUUUUGGGAUUAUGCAAAGUAAUUCUUGCGUGUAAUCGCUUAUGGACUAUUUUGUAGUGACCAAUUUUAUCAUUAUUAAAUAAAAGAUAUGUAAAAUUGACAAUUUUAAUGUAAUUUUUAUAUACAAUAAAUAGACAUUUUAUAAAAA